AUGGCAGCAUCUCUGGGACAGGUGUAUAAGGGCCGGCUGAAAGAAAAUGGGGAUUUAGUAGCUGUUAAAGUACAGAGGCCUUUCGUCCUUGAGACUGUAACUGUUGAUCUGUAUGUCAUACGGAACUUGGGUUUGGUUCUUCGGAAAUUUCCUCAGAUCUCGAUUGACGUGGUUGGAUUGGUUGAUGAAUGGGCUGCUCGUUUUUUUGAGGAGCUUGAUUAUGUUAAUGAGGGUAAAAAUGGAACACUCUUUGCUGAGAUGAUGAAAAAAGACCUUCCACAGGUUGUUGUACCAAGAACUUAUGAAAAAUAUACUUCAAGAAAGGUCCUCACCACUGCAUGGAUAGAAGGAGAAAAGCUGUCACAAAGUACAGAAAGUGAUGUUGGGGAAUUGGUGAAUGUUGGGGUCAUAUGUUACUUAAAGCAGUUGCUUGAUACCGGUUUCUUCCAUGCCGAUCCACAUCCGGGGAAUUUGAUCCGCACACCAGAUGGGAAGCUGGCUAUACUUGAUUUUGGCCUGGUCACGAAAUUAACAGAUGAUCAGAAAUAUGGAAUGAUUGAAGCCAUAGCUCACCUUAUUCAUCGGGAUUAUGGAGCUAUAGUCAAAGAUUUUGUCAAACUUGGUUUCAUUCCAGAAGGGGUUAAUCUGGAGCCCAUCUUGCCUGUUCUGGCCAAGGUUUUUGAUCAGGCACUAGAAGGUGGGGGAGCAAAAAAUAUCAACUUCCAGGACCUCGCAUCUGAUUUGGCACAAAUAACAUUUGAUUAUCCAUUUAGGAUACCCCCUUAUUUUGCUCUAAUAAUUAGAGCAAUAGGGGUGUUGGAAGGCAUAGCUCUUGUUGGAAAUCCUGAUUUUGCAAUUGUAGAUGAAGCUUAUCCAUAUAUUGCACAGAGGCUUCUGACGGAUGAAUCCCCACGACUAAGGAAUGCAUUACGUUACACGAUAUAUGGGAAAACUGGAGUUUUUGAUGCUGAAAGAUUCAUAGAUGUCAUGCAAGCCUUUGAGAAUUUCAUAACGGCAGCUAAAAGUGGAGGUGGAGAGGAUCUAAAUGGGAAAAUGGCUGAGCUUGGCAUUCUACAAACUCGAGCAAAUUAUAUGUUUCCUGCAUUUUUAUCAGGUGCACCUCAAGUGGAGCAGCCGAUUCAAACUAGAGCUGCAUUAGCCUUUCUGCUUUCUGAAAAGGGGAACUUUUUUCGAGAGUUUCUCUUGGACGAGAUUGUUAAGGGCAUUGAUGCUGUUACAAGGGAGCAAUUAGUGCAAAUGAUGGCAGUUUUAGGGAUAGGAAAUUUCACCCCACUUUUCAGCAUGGUUCCUUCUUUGGGACCAAUUAGGCCUGCAGGAUUUCUACCCACAAUAACAGAGGAAGAUAAAGUUAUAUUGAACAAUGUUCAGAAAGUCAUUGAGUUCUUAACUGCUGGAAGUUCAACAUCAUCCAGUCAGGGUGUGAAUGUUCCUCGGGUAAUCCAAGAGCUUCUUCCUGUGAUGCCUGGCCUUUCUGCCACUGUGCUUCCUGAGAAUUCCAUACCUGUUGUACCAUGGGUACAAGAAAACUUUACACAAGAAGUGGGGCGGAUAUACGGGGGGAAGUCUUCGUCUGCUUUGUCGAGCUCUGAAACCUGA